AUGAUAACGGAGGUGACAUUUAGUCGGUUGGCGAUCGUGCCAUAUGAGUGUUUCCCAAGGUUAUUGAAGACAGUGGUUGCGUUUUCGUUUGAGCCGAUUGCAUUGGUGGCGGAUACGCCGCAUCGUUGUUUGUUGUGGCGUGACUUACCCUUUGACGUGGAUCAUAAGAACCGUCGCGUGGGUAAUUUAUCAGGUACCAUUAAGUUAUUGUUGCCACGUCGGUUACCCGUAAAGGACUAUCAGGUACAGUUUUAUUUGCUGGAUGAUGAUGAUUUAUUCGCCUUUACAGCGGUCCGACCUAAUCAGACAGGACAGCUGGCAUUGCAGUUAAUCCCCAAGAUGGAGGAUCGCAUGUUUACAGAGGGUAUAAUAUGGGUCAAUGUACUUAACACUGCAACGGUAGGAGCUACGACAGCGUUGGGAGAUGGUCAGGCUCCUCGUGAAGCACAUCAUCUUCGUUCUUACCAUGGUGGUUUGAAGAUUGUGGAUGUGUUCGAGUGCCAUACGAGUGCUACACUUGGAACUGUCGAGGCUCUCACGGCCGGUAAGAAGGAGAGCAAGACGCUUGCUACCAAGUUCGUAGACCCCGCUAGCGUCGCCACAUUAGUCGUCCAGGAUCCCGCCUCCAAAGGCGACCCCUCGCUCCCCGUCCCGGUACGCGCUUCAGACGAAGUCAUUACGGCCUGGUCCGACCUGGAACGCUCCGUGGAGUUCCGACUCCGGCAUCAGCAGGGACUGUUGCGCUACCUCUUCCCCGAUAGGUCCUCCAAACCGGGCGGUCCCAAUCGCGGCUCGAGUCGACCCGAUCCCAGUCGAGGAGACCUCAGUCGCGCCGACCCCAGUCGAGGGAGCGUCAGCGGACGCAGUGCCGGCCGGCACACCGGCCCCACCAGUCGUCCAGGCGGCUACGGGGACCGCGAAGUCAGCAGUAUUAUCGACGUAUUGGGUUUGCUCACAGUGCGCGACCAACGUGCUUCUCUAGCGGACGAGAGCUCUUGCAACCGCACCUCGCCACUCAGCGACAAGAUAAUGCGGUGGUACCGCGUCCUCACGGUAUUGUGGCGCAUGCAGGAGGCGAUUCCGUGCAUCCUGAGUGUCGCGACCGGCAGUCCUUACCGGGUUUCCACGGGAGGUGAUGUUAACAAUUUGAAGGACGGCGGUUCGAAGAACCGCGGUGGCCUGAGGGACUUCGCAGGCUUGAAAGGGGAACCUGAGUUGUUGGAAUACCUGUUCAACGGCCGUCGACGGACGGUCGUGUUGCCUUCACUAUACGCCGACUUCCGCGACUUGCUGUACUACGCCCUGGACAAAAGCUGGCAAGCCACACGCGUUUUAGUAGACUCAAUUGAGAACGAGAUGGCCGAAGUGGGCCGGUUGUCCAAAAUCCUCGUAGACGAAUACAUAUACAAGGAGAGACCGCGAUCACGAGCCAUCAAGGUCAUGUUUCACCAAUACGGACACCCGCCCAGAAACAUCAGUGGCGGUACGCGCACCUUCGACGUCUUCAUACGGCCUGAAGAAGAGCAACAAGUGCGAGAAACCCGACUGCGCAGAACUCAGUUCCGAGUCGGGGUCGGAGUUGCGACUGGCAUCGACGGCUUCAGCAAUAUCAGCGACACCAGUCUAGCCGCCGCCGCCGCCGGUGGAGGACUGAGAGAGGAACGGACAGACUCAGCCACCACUGCUCGUAACAGUGGCCGGGUACCAACCACUGGCCGAAGCGCCAGUGGACGUCCCUCCGGUGCUGCUCGUGCCCCUGGCCCCACCGAGGCCGGGCCCUCCGGGACUGCUGGCCCCUCCGGAACCACUGAACCCGGGUCUACGGCACCGGCUGCCAGUGAAGCCCGAUCUGGACGAUUUCUCGGCGGGACCAUCAUUAGUCCCUGUGGACCACUGGAGUUUGUAGUGGAUGAAAGGUGGGAGGUCAGCUGCUCCUGGGAACAGGAAGUAACGGAGUUUGAAAGCUACACUCAUCUCAACAGUAUCUUGCUCGAAACCAUACGAGAUGCCACACUCUCGCUCUACGCGAAGCAAAGGCAGAACGCUGACCAGCUCCUUCUUUUGGAAACGUAUACGGAUGCGCAACCCAAGGGAGCUGAAGAACUCACCGAAUGGCUGGGAAGAACACCAGGGCAAGGUCGAUUUGUCGCGGCGUACGAACUCAACUAUCUUGACGAAUUCAUUGAGAAAACGGUGCGCGACUCUCUUAUGGAGCCUCGGCCAGUGUACGUAGUGAGUUGGAAAGGUGCCACCUUGUAUUUUAGACGGCGUCUGUUGGAAAAUAUACUGCCAAAUAAUUUCCAAUGGCCUCCAUCUGUCCACCAACAGUUCGAUACCGCAAAUAUCCACCAGGUCAUCAGCAAUAUUGAUAUAUCUAAAGUUAAAGAUGGUUAUGUGGCGAACAAGGUUGAGAAACUGCUAUUUCCGCAUCAUCAAGCCGAGGACCAUGCCUCGCACACGCGUGCGCUAAUGCUUCAAAAAUUCUGCAACUCUCUCAAUGCGUCGCCUGUUGUACCUUACAGCAGCGAGAACUGGAUUAAGUUACUGCAGGACAUUGGAAUAGACGAAUGCUCUGUGUGUUGCAUGACCGUUAUGAAUCAACUUACCCAAAAGGCGGCUAGAGAGCUCAUGAUGGCUACCUUAGCCAGUCAUGUGAUCCGAGAAGUGUACGUAAGAGUAAUGGGUUGGCUUGCACGUGUUCAGUUGCUGGAAGAGUCUGUCAAACAAGAGGAGCUCUACAUCUUGCCAACUGCCGUUGGGUGCUCCGCGCCAACGGAGUUAGCAGCGGACCCUGGUGUAGGAGCGCGAGAACAACCGAUGGCGGAGGCCACAGCACUGCGAGUGGCGGCUACGACGGUCUCUCCAGUCGCGCCCGGGUCUGUAACCACCGCGGGAACUGCACCUGUCGGGUUAGUUCAGCCGGAGAUUCGGAAGGACCCGAACAAGUUGUCGGGGGGCCCAUCUGGAGCGGAAGAAGGACCGACGGGUAACUUAACAGGGACUCCCAUCCCGAUCUUGGGGACGGAUAACGGUCCAGGACCAACGCUGGUGCCUGAUGUGCCUCAGUUUAUUACUGACUACUUGUUGGAUUGCCGGGGGUUGGUGGAUCCUGACCGAGUAGGACAUCAAAACUUAACGGUACAUGAACUCGUAGUUCUGAAUUUAUUUAAUUUGGUAUUAGGUUACGGCCGGCCUCAGCGGAGAUUCUGGGAUGAAUACCUUAAGUCUCGGUUGGCGGCAUGUCAACACGAUUUUGAUGAUAUCAAGAUGUUGAUCUACCCUUUUCUUUGUCACCAAUUGCAGUCGAAAUUCAACCUGGCUAAACACACCACCAUUCCGACCACUGGCACUGGCAAGACUGGAGUAGCUCAGACCACUGGCACUGGCACGACGAACACUCGAAGGGUGGUGAAUUUACCUGGCCGAAUGACGGAUGAGAAGCCUUUCAAGAAGUCGAUGCUGCACAGCUUCUCUGACCGGGUUUGGUCAGGAAUAAAACCACGAUGGUUCGUAAGACAAUUUUUGGGCUCAGUACAGCAGGUUCUGCCGGCGGAGAUAUCCCAGGUGUCUGACCGGAGGUACACUAAUUACCUGAUCCAGCAACUACAGACCGUCUUUCGAUACAAUUUAAUGAACAGUGCCGAGAACGUGCUAUGUCGGUUCGCAGCGAGUUACAACGACCGAAACGCUUUGUACCAGCUUUUGAAGAAGCCUAUUAUUUUGGGUCCUCAAGGUCGUUUUGUGCAAUUGCAGGACUUGACGUGUCGUUUAGGGGGGCUUCUUUUACUCAUUGAAGAUGCCGCUUUUUCUGCUAUGUCUGAGGUGGGGAAGACAUUGAUUGCACGAUGGACAAAAAUGCUUACCACCUUUCCCCAAGCGGAUGCUGCCCAGUCUGCCGCGGAGCAGGAAUCGAAGCUCAAAGGUCGUGUCGAUCGACCGGUAAUGGAUCAGGGCGCGAUUGGAGAAAGGACCAACAUUGGCGAAGGUCUUUUGAGCACAAUCGCGCUGGAUGGGAAGAACGCGUUUCGUCCUGAUGAUGUUGCUCGGAGACUCAGCUCAAGCGCUAAGAUCAGCGGCACGGUCCCCGGUACUGGACCUCGCCGCAUAACCCCGGCAAUGCGGUUGCAGCAAACCAAAAUGGUGAAGGACGACAUGACAAAUGAACUGAAUAAAGCUGUUCUGGGUUGCCAGUUGUGGCCGGCUGUAAAAAUCCUGCUAUCGAUGCACAGCCACGGGACCUUCUCUCUGGAUGCGGACUUAGUAAAUAUAGCGGACCGUGUUUGGCAGGCCGCCUUUGAUAUAUCAGAGUCUAACCGCUACAUCAUACACAUGUGUUGUGCCCGCUUUUGGUUCGUUCGUGGCUCCUACCAGUUGUGUCUGCACCACUGCUACCAAGCCUACAUCGUCCUCUCGGCCAUGCGCACGGGCCGGCCGGAAUUGGAUCCCCGGAGCGGCACGACUCGAGGCCUCGACAGCGAGGUCUCCACAGACUUAACGUCGCACAUAACCCUCUCCAGCUACUCAGCCGCCCUCCGCCGAUCUCUCACCCACACCAGCCGAUCGUCCCUGACCUCUUUUCUGGAUUGGAUCCAAGACCAGUUUGACCUGGAUGGGUACUUGAUGGCGACCAACUGCUCCUUAGUCAGACCCUUGCAGGACAGCGCCAUGUCCAACUCUCUGGCCGGCGUAGACAAGCUAACCAACAAGAGUAGUAUCACGGACCUGGAGGACUUGGAGAACCAUAGUGUGUUUGCACACACGACUGCACGCAGUCUGGCCCGCAACAAAGGGGCGUCCAACCUCCCACCUCAAGGAAUCGCCGCACUGGAACUGUACAUUAAGCUACCACAAACCCGAAACGCCCUUUGGCUAGCACGGAUUCGGGCGGCCAUGGCCAUAACCUUCAUCAAACAAUCACUGACCGACGUGAGCUUACCAUGGCAACAUCUCGAGCAGUACGCCAUUGGUCUCGCUGAACUGUUGCCAACAGAGACUGUGCCUGCGGAUCGCUACACAGAUGCCGAGUUCCUCAAAGCACAGGCCGAGUUAGCCGUGCGAAACAUCCCCUACAGCGAAGCCUUACGUAAGCACUACAUUCGAAACGAAGAUGUUGGCGACAUAGGACCGAUGAAGGCCAAGACGGUGCGGUGGGACGACUCCCCGUCCAAACCGUUUAAGUCAGCCACCAAGCCGUCCAAGAUGAGUACUAAAGGGAUAUCCACUCUCGAAAGCAUCAGCCAACGACCGUCACGGUCCACGAUGAAGACUGGCGCACCCAAUACUUCCGGUCGCGAGUCUCGACGCGAGUCCAAGGGGGAUCGGGACGGGCGGGGAUCCCGUAGGAAGCGUACGAGCAGCAGCUCCGGAAGCAAGAAGUCGAAAACGGUGCUCACAAAUACCUCGUUUGGCUCCGACACUCUGACUCUUGGCACCUCAGACGACAGCCGAGAACAGCGCAAGUCGGGCCGCCGAGGAUCGGGCACCCGGUUAGAAGGAUCGGGCGUCAGGAUGGAAGGGUCGAACGCCCGACUGGGAGAUAAAAAGUCGCAGGGUCGCGCUGGAGAGCUCACCAGCGCGUCCAAUCCCCCUCCGGGGGGCAGCGAGCUGCGACAAACGUCUGAAGAUGCAUUGCGGGACGCGGCGGCCAUCGAAAGCGCUGUCCAGCGCCGGUCCAACCGCCGACACUCGACGACCGCGAGCGGCAUCGGUCAUUGGAGCGAAGGCAGUGAGAGCACCGUCUUGGAAUUCGGUCCCUGGAGCGAGGAUAGUGGCAGCCGGUCCGGCGGCAGCCGGUCCGGCAGCAGCCGGUCAGGCAGCUCCUCCAGCAGCUCUGACAGGACUGUUUCGCAAAUAUCCAGCGGUACGUUGCGGUCUCGCGGUUCGGAUCAGAUUGGACAAGAUCAACGCCGCAGCAGCAUUACGAUUGUCUCGGACAAGGUCUCGGUGGGGAGCCAUUGGGCCGCUCUACCCCCCGGAGCGAAGAGCCCGUGGGCGCGAACAGAGAGCUUCCGAGAGAGUCCCCCCAAUGCACCCGCAGGAGCACUGGGAGCUGCGAGCAUCUCACGACAGCCGCACGACAACUCUGGAACAUUGCCUAUGUCUAUUCCAGGUGGUGGAGGCCUGAGCCCAAGCGGUGUAAGUCCUGGUCCUGGCGGUGUAGGUCCCAGUCCAGGUGGUCUAAGUCCUAGUGCAAGUGGUGUAAGUCCAGGUGGAUUUGGUUCUCGAGACACUGGGAGUGGAGUGGAUCGGGGGUUGCGGAAGGAGGCUUUCAGGAAGGAGUCAUUGCCGGGUCGCGGGGUCGGCUGGGGUGCAGGUGGGGAGCGUGCAGGGCUGCAGAGGUCGGGUAGUUUCGGUCGUUCGAGUUCGCGGUUAGAUUCGAUUGGGAGUGAGCGUCGGGGUAAUGAGCCGUUGAAUGAUGGGUUGGAACAGGGUGGGUACAAACGUCAGACAUCGGUAUCAGGUGGUCUGGGUGGUUUGAUGGCGGUGUUGGAUGCGGAGUUGAGUACCCGUUCAAGCGUGAGCACACGAGCGUAUCGUGACCCAAAGUUUACGGUGAAUAUACCGGACCGUGCGGCAGUGUUAUUACGUCCGGAGGAGAAUGAGGAGGAGAAGGAUGUGGUGGGUAUUGGGGCAGAGGCUAGGUUAGCGGAAUUGCAAAGACGUAGUCGUGAUAGUGGUGGUGAAAGGCGGUUGGCGCAAGCGUUGGGUCGGAAUGACUUGCGACAUCGUGUGUCCGCCGUGACAGCGAUCCUGGAGAGUCAGUUGGGAGUUUCUAUGAACGGCCAAGAGGACGACCCUGAUACUCGCAAUCGUGUGCGCACACUGAAAGUUAAUUACGCCACCUGUCUACUCGCUACCGCCAUCCCCUUUCUCAGCCAUGGAUACCCUUCGUGGUAUUGCCUCUGCCUCCUUGGACUUGGGUUUUGUCUCAUGGUCCGAUCGGCUAGCGCCGCACCUCAAUAUACGAACCUGUAUAAAGUCCGUGCCGCCGAGGCCUUUUGCGAAGUCAUUGACAAGUGCCCCGACGUUUGCGACGUCGUUUACUCUGACGCCCUCGAAGGCCUUGCCGUGCUUCUAGCAAGACAUCAACUAGGGCUCUUCGCCCUACAACUUAGCCUUGUCAGCCGGCCCGGCCGACGGCAAACAAAGCCCGUUGACUCCCCUUCAUCAGUCACCUCCUUCUGGCUCGAACUAGCCUACACCUGCAGCUACGAAUCAGAAAUACUUAGUGAACUCGAACAAAGAGUCGAUCCCCGCAGUCUCUCCAACAAUGAAGAAGUAUCAGGAACUGGAUCAGGCGGAGCAGCAGGAGCCGGUCCCGGCUCCGGCUCCGGAGCAAAGGGAGGGAAGAGACUCAAUCUGCGAUCGCGGAAGGGCGCGGCCGCGGUGGACGUGGCGACGGGCGGUCGGCCCAGCAUCAUGGGACGUGACUCGAAGGUUGUACGGAUGCGCAACCGUCUCGGCGCAGCACCAGCGGAGGCCAUGCUGAAACCUCUACGAUACGAUAUUUGGAACACAGAUCUGUUACCGGAGGAGUCGGUAAUCACGGAGGAUGAGUGUCUCUCGCGAAUGAUUAGGGACGACCGCGACCUGACAUUGGAUGAUCUCUGGUAUGUGCUGCAUUUCAGGGGCCUGAUUCGUCCGCAGCACUUUUUUACAUUGCACAAGAUGGUCCGUUCGUGCAGUUUCCUCCCUGACUCGCAGUAUGCACCACAUGUCAAAGACAAAUUGCUCAAGUACGUGGCUGUGCACUUGCAACAAUACCAGUCGCCGGUGCUGCCACGGAGUUCGGUUGCCUUCCACAGUUUCCAGCAACAGCUGGUGAGUCUCCUGCGGGAAUUGACAGUGCAGCACUUUGGUGAGGUAUUGCAGAGCACACAGGCCGCGGCUAGCACCUCGGGCGCAAGCCCCAAUGCGGCGAGACCCAGCGCGACUGGAGCUAACGCAAACGCGCGUGCGAACACAAACACGGGUGGCCUUGUCAGCGGCAAGCCGGGCCGGCUUGGCGCAGCGGUGACCGGUGGAGGCCAGAACUCGCCGCGCGUGGGGAGCUCUGCGUUGGAAAUUACGACACGGACAGUGCUCGGUCAGUUUGCAGUCAGUCCAUCGGCCAAGACGGAGACGGCCCAAGCCGAGGCUAUUGUCGAAGACGAGGCCGCUGCGGCCGCCCCCAGUCAAGGUGCACGGUACGCCCCGGUCCUCUCCAGUGGCGGGGAGUUCUACCACUUCGUCCAGGCCUACCCACGCGUUGUCGACAAAGCGUUUCUCGCCAUGGGCGACGCGUUCGAAGGCGCACUUGCACUUCUCACCGGACCUGAAAGAUUGGUUAAGAUCGCCACCAAGCUCUCACGCCCCCGACUCUCCUACUCCGAACCCCGUUUCGUCUAUGCCGAGCUGGCGCCUGCAGACCGCGAUAUGGUCGGUGCCGCUCCAUCAACCGCCCCAACUCCGAAAGGAUUCACAACGCGACGCGGACCGUCCAGAGUGGGAGGACCGACGGGUGGGGGAGGAGCGACCGCCCGAGGAUCGACCGCUAGGGGACCGGGUUUGGGAACGACCGCCAGAGGGCCGGGUCUGGGAUUCGGUUUGGGUCUUGGGGAAGGUAUCCCGGUGGACGAGGCUGGUGUGCCGUCCUCCAGUGGGUCACCGAAUGAACAGAUCGAUCGGUAUUUCGAACAGCUUAUUCUCUACGCCAUUGAGGAAACAACGCAGAUUCGCCGCCUUGGGCUCAAACCUCUUGGACCUGAUGAGAAACAAAUCAGAGUUAAGGGUAACCCCGUGGGACUUCAAGGAUUGUUCGACCGCUACCCAAGACUCAUCACGCCGUUCAUCGACAUCGUCGUCAGCAUCAUCUUCAACUAUAAACAAGCCGACGUCGAAGACAGCAUGACCACCGUCCCCUACGACACACUCGAACGAGUCAAGACUCUCAUAACCCCUAUCAAAACUGUUUAG